AUGGAUCACGACGACCGUUCGGCGGAAACGGACCGCCUCGAGCGCCGCUUGUUGCUAGGCGGCGGCUCGGAUCCCUACCCGGCCCACGACCGCUACCUCACCGACAGCGACAAGGACGAAGACGAAGAGCCAGCCCUCUAUGCGGCGUCGUUUGGCGAAUCGGAGGAGAAAUUCGUCAAAUACCAAACGGCGCGGUGGGUUUCUUACUCGCUGCUUCUGAUCCUGGCGUGGGGCAUCGGCUUGUUCAUGCUGGUUUAUCUGCCCGUGCGGAGGUAUAUUCUGCGCAGAGACAUCCGCUCGCGAAGGCUCUACAUUACGCCCAAUUCCAUUGUUUACAAGGUGAGAAGACCCAUGCCUUUUCCGUGUUUCGGAGUUUUGAAGAAGGAGAAUCACAUCUUGCUGCCAUCAGUGGCUAAUGUUUUAAUCGAACAGGGAUAUCUGCAGUCCCUAUACGGCGUAUACUCUAUUAGAAUAGAGAGUAUUGGAGUGACACGGCCACCGAGUGAUGAUGUCCAAAUACUAGGUGUUGCUAAUCCUCAUGCUUUCAGGAAGGCUGUUCUUAUUCGUCUGGCAAACAUGAGAGCUGAGGUGGCAUCUAGACAAGAUAAUCCAACCAUGAAUACUGAUCAUCCUUUAGUUGCUUCGAUGUCACCAUCAAGAUUGCCGGGGCAUGAUUCUUACCCACAGGUCGAGGAGUUGGCUAUUCUACAUAAGCUAGAGGAGGUCGGAAGUUCAGUGAAGAGAGUUGAAACUUUGAUUCAAGAGCAGAACCAACAAACCACAUGA